CAUCAAUACUAAUAGUAACAGUAGUAGUAAUAGAUUUAUUUAAAAAAAAAUGCUUUCUCGUCGUUUUAUUCAACAAAAUUUACAUCGUUCUAAACUUUCUCAACAAGUUAAGAAUUGUCAAAUUAAAUAUUCAUCAGCUGAUAAGAGUACAUUAUUAUUAGUUGAACAUGAUGAAAAACAAAUUAAUCCAUCUGUUUAUUCUGGAAUUAAAGCAGCUAAACAAUUAAAUAAUGAAGAAUUAUUAGGAUUUAUUGUAACAAAGAAUGAAAAUCUUGUUAAAGAAGCAAGUAAACAUUUUCAUAAAUUAAUUCAUAUUAAUCAAGAAUAUCAAGUUGCUGAAGAAUAUGAACAAGCCUUAUUAAAAUAUAUUCAAAAUAAUCAACAAGAUAUUAAACAUGUUAUUGGUAGUCAUACUGUAUUUACAAAGAAUAUUUUACCAAAAUUAGGAUCACAAUUAAAAUCACAACCUAUUGUUGAUAUUAUUCAAAUUUUAAAUGAUUAUGAAUUUAUUAAACCAAUUUAUGCUGGUAAUGCUUUAGCUCAAAUUAAAUUUAAACCAAAACAAAAUUUACCACUCAUUAUGACUGUACGUCCAACUUCAUUUGAUAAAGAUUCAAAUGGUUUAAAUAAUAGUAGCAGCAAUGGUAGUAGUAAUAAUAGCAAUGUUAUUAUUGAAAGUAUUGAAAUUAAAAGUGAAAAGACACCAAAACUUUUAAAUAGAAUCAAUGCUAAUGAAAAUGGAGCAUCAAGUAGACCAGAUUUAUUACAAGCUCAACGUAUUGUUAGUGGUGGACGUGGAUUAAAGAAUGGUGAUAAUUUUAAAUAUUUAUAUGAAUUAGCAGAUGCUAUGGGUAAUUGUGCAGUUGGUGCAACAAGAGCAGCAGUUGAUGAUGGAUAUGUUUCAAAUGAUUUACAAGUUGGUCAAACUGGUAAAGUUGUUGCUCCUGAAUUAUAUAUUGCUGUUGGUGUUAGUGGUGCUAUUCAACAUUUAGCUGGUAUGAAGGAUUCUAAAGUAAUUGUUGCUAUUAAUAAGGAUAAGGAAGCUCCAAUAUUCCAAGUUGCUGAUUAUGGUAUUGUUGGUGAUUUAUUUGAAAUUGUUCCACAAAUGACUUUAAAUUUAAAAAAAUAAUUUUUAUUU